GAUUAUGGAGCAUUUUUUGAAAAUUUUCUUGGGUCUUGAAAUGAUUUUGAAGAAGAUUUUAAAAAUAUUAUUUAUUUGUUUAUUUUAUCUGGGAUACUAAUAUGGAGCCAAACCUAACCACGAAGCUAGAUUUUGGUAAAUAAAUUAACCGACAAUGUGACGGUCAAGUAAUGAAGCUAAGUAUCGCUCCUUUGCUCUCACUACAGCUGAACUUUCGAUUCAAUUUAUUCUUCAUGAUCUCCGUCUUUUUCAUAUAUGCGCUGCAAUUCUAUUGUGCGAAACUGUAUCGCUAUAUGUUUGGCUGCAAAUCCAGUUAUGCGACAGAAAUCAUUGGUGCCAAGAUCUAUGACGACUAGUUUCUUUUCAAACCAACCCAAUAGGACUCAUAACCCACAUUCAUAUGUAGGGGCUCAUGAUUGGCUUCUAAGUUAGCCAAUAAACAAUGGAACUAUAGUCUUAGUAUGUGGAUUAUAGACUCCCUCUUUAAGAUAAAGUCAAAUGCAUGUAUCAUUAUAGGGCAAGAUGAUCAUCUCUAUGCACAUGUACAUGUACUCCUAUAUAGGGUUGCUUCUCAAAAAUGUUGUUAUCAUCUGUACAUAUCGUUUAUAACUUUUAUUGAGGGUUUUGCCUUUGCUCUCAUAAGCCUACAUCCACACACAUAAAACCACGAAGCUAUCAUGGACUACAAAUACUAUCAUUCGGCAUCUCUCCAACCUCAAUAAGCAAUAACGCUCUAUAAACCCUCAAUGGUAGUGCAUAUGCCUAGGGAAAAGGGUUUUGAACAUGAUUCGAUUCAUAGAUCGCUCAGCCCUAAGUAAAUCGACCAUCAUAACCUCCCACUGAAGUGCACAAUGCUCUCACGAUUUUUAAAGGCCGAAAAACCCUGAUAUCGAUGCUUCCUAUUAAAAAUUAAACCAAGCAUUAAGCCCAAAGUUGUUAUCAAAAGUGGCAAUCUCACCUACACAUGCAAAGAGCAUAUUCCAGAUGUUUCCGAAGUGGUGGGAAUUAAAGAAAAUCUAGGGUCGAUGUCCUCUGGAUUUUACCUUUUCCAUAACUUCAAUUGUUCAUUACAUUAUAGUUGCUAAUUUGAUAUUUGAAUUAGAUUUAGAAUCACCAUGGAUCAAUUUUGAUCCACCUAAUUUAAAUAAGCAAUUUCAUAGUCAAACCAAUGCAUGGGAAUUGUAGUUAGAGAGGAAUAGAAGAACUCUUGAGAGCAUUUCUUUUGGAGAUACAAUGGCCGAAUAAAAGAGUUUUGUAUAGAGUGUGGAGCUGGUUUAAUAUUACUAAUGAAGGAACGGGUGUUUAUGUCUUUGAAAUACAUAAAGGCUACACUGAGGUGUAGAUGGGAGCCACCAAUAGUAGGUUGCUGCAAAUUGAAUUUUGAUGGCUCGUCUUUGAGAAAUCCAGGUGUGGCUGGGGUGGAUGGUAUGUAUCGAGAUAGUAGUGGCAAUGUUGUUUGUUUAUCAUGCAGGUUUUGUUUUGCAGUUCCUGUGGAAUUGCCUCAUCUAACCGUACUGAAAUUGUUGCUCUAUUGCAAGGGGUUUCAAUAUGGAAAGAGAGACAGUUGGGUAAUUUUUUGGCAACAGAAGGUGAUUCGCUUAAUGUGAUUUAUUGUUGGAAUGAAGAGUCCAUACCACUGUGGCACCUUCGUUCGUUGUGGUUGCAAAUUAUGAAUAUUAUAUCUAAGUGGUCGAUUACUUUUAACCAUGUUUAUAAAGAUGCUAAUGAGGCUGUGGAUGGUUUGGCAAAGAGGGAACUUCUUUAGAUAUGUUGAUGGUUUCAGAGGUCCUAUUUUGAUUAUGGCAUUGUAAUGCAUAAUUCAUUUAAAAGUUAGUACUCUUGUAAAAAACAAAAAAAAAAAUUCAGUGCAUGGACACAUGGAUUUUAAAAAGAAUAAAAAUAAAAAUACAAACAUUGGGGAUUCGUUAAUUCCCCGUUCUAGGUCAAAAGGAUGUUUACAGUUCAACCCAUUGAGCUGAGCAUAACAGUGUUUAUCUACCUUCUUAGGGAAGAAAGAGUUUGAGCUCAACCGCAACCCGAUUUUGUCUAAAUUAGACCCGGUCAGGGCUGGGUCCCUGUUAAUUGGACCCAAACCCAACUUGUCAGGUCAGUUGGGGUCUCGAUACAUAUGUAAGAAAAACAAAGCAAAAGAAAAACAAAACACAUUAUCUACAUUUUAUGUAAAUAUGUUAGGUGGAGAACCCUUAUCCAAACCCGACCGAACCUGAAAUUGUCAGAAUUGUACAUAGAUCCAGCCCUAGGCCCAAUCCAGCUCAAGUUCAGGUCAAAUGGAUUCAGAAUAGACCCACUGGGUAUGUUUUACAAACCAGACCCAGAACCGAGUCAGGUGGACCCCGUAGACCCGGCCCGGUCGACAGCCCUUAUGUAAUACAUUUGGUAUCUAGAUCGAAUCCACUAAGCUGUAAACAAGGACAUUGAAAUGGUAGAAUCUUGUCCGUCACAUGACCAUCUUCAUCCUCCAGUGAGUGGGAAACUCAAAAAGGCAAAAAGGUAAAUCACGUUGCAUAAAUUAGAUGCCAGAGGCAUAUGCAAAUACAUUUAUAAAAACACAAACACACCCAAACCCAGGUCAGCAAGCAUUAAUUUCAGAGAAAAGAUGAACAUAGAAGGCUGCUCGCCCAACACCGAAAGUUGAAGCCCACCUCAUUUCCUACUCCUCUGCACAUGCCUUCCUCCCCCCAUAACCGGAUCACCAGCUAAAAUUAAGAGACCCCCAAAGGCCCCCAUUUUCUCUCUCUUACUCUCUCUCUAAGCACAGGCAACUAUGAAGCAUAUGAGGUCGAAGAGGAGGCGAAACCGAAGCGCAUCAUCGCCGGGCGUCUUUCUCUUCUUCUUUUUGGCCCUGCAUUCUUUUCCGGAGAAGUUGUUGGCCCAAGAUCAAUCUUGCAAGAGCACUUGCGGCAACAUCCAUGUACAGUACCCGUUUGGCACGGGCAGCGGCUGUGGCGACCUGAGGUUCGCUCCCUACCUUUGCUGUGAUGAGGAUAAGCAGCAGCUUCUCCUCACCACACACUCGGGCUCGUAUCCGGUCCUCUCCAUCGACUACCAGAACAACCUCCUCUACAUCCAGGACCCUUCCAUGUCAACCUGCUCCUGCACUCGCCCCAGUGGUGGUUUUGGCCUCGACUGGGACGCACCUUUCACAUUUGCAGACUCAACUGUGUUCGUGCUCCUGGACUGUGACACCUCGUCAUCACCAGUCUACAACACAAGUGAACUCGUUUCUGGGCUCUGCGAUCCUGGAAGCUCGUCCAUCUGCAGCGCCCUCUACUUGUGUCCUGCAGUUGCUGGGAUUGGAUCGCCUGUAUCCACUUGCUGCAUAUACUCGCCGGUUAACCUCGGGCCAGCAUUCGACAUGGACCUGAGGAAAUUGAACUGUAACUCGUAUGCCGCAGUGUACGGAUUCGAUGCUCAACGAUCAGACCCGGGGUCGUGGAGGUAUGGGGUUGCACUCAAAUACAGGUUCAAUGUCGAGAAUGACUAUCCAGAAAUGUGUCGGUCCUGCGAGAGGAGCAAUGGGGCGUGCGCCUUCGGGGUCGGGACAUACCAUUCCUUUGCAUGCAGCUGCCCAAAUGGGGUGAAUACCAGCACUGACUGCUUCUUUCCGGGAUGGAGCACCGGAGCCACACUCAAGUCUUGGUUUUUUCCUCCAGGUGCAUGGUGGACGUUGUCGGUGGCGACGGUGAUGGCAUUGUUAGAAAGAAAGUUGUAGGAGGUUGAGAAAUGGGAUCCUUGUGUUGAAGCCCAAUGAUGAAUUGGAAUGAAAUUACAUUGUUGCAACUUUUCUUUAGGUUAUUGAUAUUGGGAAAGAAUUUUCUCAUUAAAGA